CACCUGUGCAAUCUUAUCGGACCUCCUUCGCCCCGCCCACUAAUACUUCAAAAGCUAUUUCGUUUAGAGUCCCACAACGAGGAAGCAGGUGAACCGAGAGUAAGAACAUUUAAAGGAUGGACCUGAGCAUGUUGAAACUCCUCCUGUUGUUGGUGCCAGCUAUCUUUCUUGACCCAGUUAAUGGCUAUGGUAAUGGAAAGGUAACAGAAUCCUGCAGGAGCAUGAAACCAGGGCAUGGGCAUCCCUCCCAGUCACUACCCAGUCCUUACACUGUCACUGUGGAUAAGAGCAAAUUCAGCACAGGGGAUCAGAUAAAAGUUACCCUGUCUGGAUCAUCUACUACUUUUAAAGGAUUUCUGAUAGAAGCGCGGGACAUGGCAGAUCCGAGUGGAGAUGCAAUUGGCUCUUUCACUCUGGUUGAUCAUUCUGUAUCUCAGCUGUUAAAUUGUGGAGAAAUAAAGGGCUCAGCAGUCAGUCACACAAGCGAGUCAGGCAAAUUGAAGGUUGAGGUGGUCUGGAAUGUACCUUCAAAUCCACCACCUGCUGUUCAAUUUUUUGCUACAGUUCUUCAGCACUAUGACACUUACUGGGUGAAAAUGCCUGGUCCGAUCAUUUUAAUGGGUAAUUCAACCCCCGUUCCAACUCUGACCACAUCAGCUGUGCAGCCGACGACAGAAUCACCUGUUCUAAGGAAACCAUUCAGCUCAAAGGACUGUGGCAGUACAAAGUCCUGCCUGCGAGAUCCAAUCGGCUGUGAUCCCGAGACAGACCCAAAGUGUUACUUUCUUUCAUUUACAAGUGAUGAGCAUUCAGUGCUGUUUGAGCUGAGCGGCCCCACAGAGGGGUAUGUUUCAUUUGCCCUGUCCCAUGAUAAAUGGAUGGGCAAUGAUGAUGUCUAUUUAUGUGUGAGGACAGAUGACUAUGUGAAUAUAAAUCCAGGUUAUGUAACGGGCCGAACCCAUCCCACCCUGGACUCGCAGGAUACACUGACGAAUAUGGCUUGGAGAUUGUCUGAUGGUGUUGUUCAGUGUAUGUUUCGAAGGGAAAUUCGAGUCCCAGCAGAGCAAGACAGGUUUAAUCUGGACAGAAGUUACUACAUAUUCUUGGCAGAUGGGAAAGCUGAGCAUGGUAUGGUUCACAAGCAUCACCACCAGCCACUAAUUUCUUCUGAAAAGAAAUAUAUUACCAGCUCUCCAGAGAACUUAAAUGGCUCUCGCUCUCCAUUCAUUAUUAAAGUCCAUGGUGCUUUAAUGGUGGUUGCAUGGAUGACUACUGUUAGCAUUGGUGUGAUUGUGGCUCGUUUCUUAAAACCCCUCUGGCCUGAAUCAACACUAUUUGGGCAGAAGAUUUGGUUUCAGGUGCAUCGUAUAUUAAUGUCUUCCACAGUGCUGCUCACAUGCAUUGCAUUUACCUUGCCAUUUGUUUACAGAGGAGGCUGGAGUAAACAUGCUGGGGCCCACCCUUUCCUUGGAUGCACUGUGAUGGCUCUAGCGGUUCUUCAGCUUGUCAUGGCCUUUUUCAGGCCCCAUCCCAAUACCCCAAGGAGAAUGAUAUUUAACUGGGCGCACUGGGGUACUGGCACAAUUUCCAGAAUAAUCGCUGUCGCAGCAAUGUUCUUGGGGAUGGAUCUGCCAGCUCUAAACCUUCCGGAGCCAUGGGAUACACUCCUACUGUCUGGAUUCGUAACCUGGCACAUAUUAACAGAACUCCUGCUAGAGUUACACAAUCUCUUCAUAAUUCGAAAAGCUAAGAAUGUAAGAGAUGAUGAAGUGGAAAUUAUAGAUUCAGCAUUAGGCGAGACUGAGGGGCAUAUGAUUAAGAAGAUUGUUUUAACUGUCUACAUCUGUGGAAACAUAGCAUUUCUGAGUGCAUUCCUGGCUGCAAUCAAUUGCGUCUAAAAUAAAAUCAUGGGCUCAAGACAGAAACGUUUUCAAAAUAUGAACUUUCCUACGUGAAGAAUCAGAAUGGAACAAGUUGUACUUUUUGUACAUAUAGAACUAUAUGAAUCAUUUGGCAAUAUUCCUGUUCAAUGUUCUUGGAUUUUAGUAUCCAAGAACAUGUUAUGCUUUUCUUUCAUUAUUAAUCUAUAUUUUCUUUAUUACUAAUAAGUACAUUUCUUAUUUAUUAAGUAUCAAAAUAUAAAAACAUGUAUUUUACAUUGUGGAAGAUUAAUUUCUAACAUUGUGUUUUCUAGUCUCCACUCAAUAUACCUCAGCUACAAAGGAAAGUUUAGUAUCCAUAAUUAUGGAUACUAAACUAAAUGUGACAAUAACUUACUGAUCUCCAGUAAGAUAAUGGAGUUUGUUUUGUGGUGUUGAACACAACUGUCUUCACAUUUCCUUAAAAUCACAUCAGUGCCUAUUGUAAAAGACCUUUAUAUAACUGACAAGUGCAGAACCAACCAAACCUCUGUCUCCAGAUCAGCUUCCAAUUUGAUCACAUGCACCGAGGGAGCUAAAGCUUGAAACUUACCAUGUAAUUAAAACAAAAGCAAUUGAA